AUGUCGUUCAACUUCACCUGGCCCACCUUUAGCAACGAGUUCCACGAGAGCGCCGCACAGAUGCUCGACAGCGCCCUCAACAAGGGUCCCAAGCCAAAAGUCAUCGCAGACGACAUCAAGGUAGAGGAGCUCGGCAUGGGCACCAUACCCCCCGAACUCGAGAUCCUCGAAAUAGGCGACCUCGGCACAGACCGCUUCCGCGGCAUCUUCCGCCUCACCUACGCCGGCGACGCCCACCUCGUCCUAAAGACAAAGGUACAGGCAAACCCGCUCUCGAAGCCCAACCGCCCAGACCUCGGCCUCUUUCCCUCGACCACCGCAUCCCGCGGCAUCCUCUUUGCCGCCGCCCCCCUCGUCGUCCCCAUGCACCUCCGCCUCUCGCACGUAAAGCUCCGCGCCAUCGUCGUCCUCGUCGUCUCAAAGCAAAAGGGAAUCACCCUCGUCUUCAAAAACGACCCCCUCGAGAGCGUACAGGUCAGCUCCACCUUUGACAGCGUCGCCGUCCUCGCAAAGUACCUCCAGCAGGAAAUCGAAACCCAGUUGCGCGAAAUGUUCCGCGAGGACCUCCCCGGCAUCAUCCACCGCCUCAGCCAGCGCUGGCUCAGCGGCGAGGCAAAGCACGAGCGAGAAGAGGCAAGGCUGCGCAGCGAGGGCCAACAGCAGCACGCUCACGCAAACAGCCAUCAACAUCACCAGGCCAACCAGACCAACCACAAGCACAACUACCGCCAAACGCCCCUCCCACGCUCCACCAGCGACCCGCACGGCCACUUUGAGACCGCCUCGGCGCCCGGCGGCCGUCGCGGGCACGGCGGCGCGCCCCUCUCGAGCACCCACACCACGCCAAGGCCCAGGUCGGCACGCCGCAAGACGAGCAUGUCGGCCGGCGCAUCGGCCUCGGGGGCGCCGCCACGGAAGACGCCACCCGUCUCGCCGCCGACCGCAUCCCGUUCCAGGUCGGCCACGCCCCGCCGUCCCAGGCACUCUGCAAAAGCCGCAUCCAUGUCGGCCGCGCCGCUCUUCAACGAGCUCCUCUCGUCGUCGGCCUCGUCGGCCUUCACCUCGUCCUUUCCCGACAUUGAGAAUUACGACCCAACCUACGGCCUCCGCCCCGACGACCUCCCGACCCACAGUGGCUUCUCGGGCCUCGGCAAGCUCGCCCAGCGCGUCAGCGGCGGCCUUCGCGAUCUUACCAGCCCGCCCGAGGUUGGUCCAGGCGGCGGCUCGUUCGUUGGCCAGGACCGUCGGGCCGAUCGGCCCGACCCGUCCGGUAUCGACACAGACACUUCCGACCCCGCAGGGGCUGCGCUCGACUCAGACGGCUAUACCAGCCACGACGACGGUGAUGACGACGAGGAUGACCUGAGUCAUGAUGGAGACGCUGGCGCCGUCGACGACGACGACGAUGGCGAUGAUGACGACGGCGACGAUGUGUCGGACAGCGUGCUGGACGACGACGACGAGAUCGACGAUGUGCCCGACCUCGAUCUCGACAAUUCGGCCGAUUACACGCGCUUCGGCUACCCACCCGCCUCGGCGGCCUUUUCAGAUACCCACGAGGUCAAUCGCGCCUCGUCAAUCAUCUUUGACGACGCGCCCGCUCCCGGCACCUCGGCCUCGUCGGCGGCCGGUGGCGGGGCGGGCUCUCUGUCGCGGCGGGGCGGUCGUAGACGGGCCGGCAGCAUCGGGCGACCGAGCGAGGGCGGUGGCUCGCUGCGAUCGACUAGGACGUCGAGCUCGAGCAGCAGGCGGCGGGCGCCGGCCGUCGAGUACGAGACGAUCCCCGCCGUCGGUGGCGGCACCGUGACGCGGCCGCGCGUCUACCACAUCGCCAGCAAGGUGCAGCCGCCCGAGGUCGACUGGGACGACGAGAGCACCGCCCGUCCGUCGCAGUACGGCGGCGGCGGCGGCUCUUCCCGCACCGGCGGAGCGACGCGCUACGGCUCCGAGAUGGGCAGCACCACGCUGGGCGGCGGUCCCGGUAGCUCGCGCACCAACACGGUCCGCGGCCUCGGCUCGCCGAUGCUCGAGGGGCAGCGAUUCCCCAUGGACGGCAGCAGCGAAGAGAGUCUGAUGGAGCUGCCGCCCGAGUCGAUGCACAGCAGCGAUCGCUCCCAGCAUCGGAUGCCGCAGCACCACGCGGCUGCAUACUACGGCGGCGGUGGAGGCUGGAGGAGCGGCUCGUCGGCCUCGGCAUCGUCGGCGUCGUUGUCGGCGCGACAGAGCUCCUCGGGCCGUGACUCGGGCCUCUAUUCGUCCGGCCUGCCGUCUCGCGCCGACUCGCUGUCGAGGUACACCAAUGGCGGCUGGGACUACAGCGGCGCCAGUUCUGCACCCACCUCGCUGCCCACAUCGGGCCUGGGAUCCGCCUCGGACCUCGGCUUCCAGCAGCAGCAGCACCACCACCACCACCACCACCAACGCAACGGCCACGAUGACGCUGACCAGCGGCAGCAGGACUCUGCCGGCGGCAUCGGGAUCCGUCUCAGCAAGGGCAAGAAUGUUGCCCGACCCCGUCCCACCGCCGCGGCCUCGCUGGAUCGGGCGGGCUUUGUCACUGCGUCUCCACGGCAGUCGAACGGCGGCAGCGGCGGCAGCCGGUGGAGCCAGCACGACACUCCAUCGCGGUCGACGGCGCUGGCCAGUUCGCCGGACCUCUCGACAUCGGGUCCCCACAACGACGGCGGCGGGCGAGGCGGCGACCUGAGCACGUCUCCCUUCAGCCAGCGCGAUCUGCUCUCGACGUCGCCGUCAUUCCACGGCAGCAGCCCGCGCAGCCACUACGUCUCCGGCGCCUCGCACGCGCUCCAGCAGGCAGCAGGCGCGGGCGGCAGCGGCAGCGGCGCGGGCGGUGCAGCGGGGACGGCGGCGACGACGACGACCAAGCUGUCGAUCGAUGCCUCGGCGCACUUUGCGGAUCUGGUCAAGUCCAACCACACGCUGAGCCCGUUUACGCGCAGCAUGGAGCACUUCACCGUGCGCAGCGCGCCCGUCACGCCAGGAGGAUGGCAGCACGGCGGCGGGGGAGGUGGCAGCGUGGUGGGCAGCGCGGCCAACAGCAGCCACAGCGCCGCUAGCGGCUCUGGCACGGGUAGCGGCGGGUCGCAGGCGGCCAUGCACCCGCACCAUCAUCAUCACCACGGCCACGGCCACGGCCACGGCCAGCGCCACCAACAUUCGCAGUCGCAACACGUCCACGGCGCUGCCACCGCUCCUGCUGCGGUGCGCUCUGCCGUGGGCCGAAGCGCAGCCGCAGCGUCGGCGGUUGGCGGCGCACAGACCGACUCGCCCGCCCGCCGCAGACGUACCUUCCAACUCGGCGGCGGCGGUAGCGGCAGUGGCAGCGGCGGAUCCAACACACCGUCGUCGUCGCCGCAGAUUGGCAACGCGCACACCUUUGCGCCGGCAGCAGCGACAGGGACGGCGGCGGCGGGGCAGGGCGGCUUUGCGGCGCUCAACGCGGCGAGGUGGGAGGCCAUCAGAGAGUAG